UUGGCGAUAAGGUGCCAGCAGACAUCCGGCUGACCUCCAUCUGCUCCACCACACUCAGGGUGGACCAGUCCAUUCUGACGGGGGAGUCCGUGUCUGUCCUCAAACACACAGAUCCUGUACCGGACCCCAGGGCUGUCAACCAGGACAAGAAGAACAUGCUGUUCUCGGGUACCAACAUUGCUGCCGGUCGGGCCAUCGGGGUUGCCGUAGCAACAGGGGUGCAAACAGAGAUUGGGAAAAUCCGCGAUGAGAUGGCCUCCACCGACCCUGAAAGAACACCGCUGCAGCAGAAAUUGGAUCAGUUUGGGGAGCAGCUGUCUAAGGUCAUCAGCGUUAUUUGUGUGGCUGUGUGGGCCAUUAAUGUGGGACACUUUAAUGACCCGGUUCAUGGAGGCAGCUGGCUGAGAGGAGCUGUUUAUUACUUCAAGAUCGCCGUUGCUCUGGCUGUGGCUGCUAUUCCAGAAGGCCUCCCAGCUGUCAUCACCACCUGUCUGGCUCUGGGUACUCGAAGAAUGGCCAGGAAGAACGCCAUCGUCCGCAGCCUACCAUCAGUGGAGACCCUGGGAUGCACCUCUGUUAUCUGCUCAGACAAAACAGGAACCCUGACAACAAACCAGAUGUCAGUAUGCAGGAUGUUCGUAGUAGAGAGCGCAUCAGGAGAGCGUUGCUGCCUGAACGAGUUCUCUGUGACUGGAUCUACUUAUGCCCCUGAGGGGGAGGUUUACAAGGAUGGCUCAGUGGUGAAAUGUGGUCAGUACGAUGGCCUGGUGGAGAUGGCCUCCAUCUGUGCUCUAUGCAAUGACUCAUCACUAGACUACAAUGAGACGAAGGGCGUUUACGAGAAGGUUGGCGAAGCGACAGAGACUGCCCUCUGCUGCCUGGUGGAGAAAAUGAACGUGUUUGAUAUGGAUCUGCAGGGAUUGAGCUGUGCUGAGAGAGCUACAGCCUGUUGCUCUAUGAUUAAACAGCUGAUGAAGAAGGAGCUGACUCUAGAGUUUUCCAGAGACAGAAAGUCCAUGUCUGUGUUCUGCUUCCCCAAUAAACUGUCCCCAUCUGCCUCUGGGGCUAAGAUGUUCGUGAAGGGGGCUCCAGAGAGCCUGUUGGAACGCUGCAGUCACAUCCGGGUCAGCGGUUCUGGCCGUGUACCUAUGAGCCCGGCUGUUCGAGAACAGCUCCUGUCUACCAUACGAGAGUGGGGCUCAGGACGAGACAUGCUGCGGUGCCUUGCCAUGGCAACCAGGGACACCCCACCUGAUAUCCAUUCCCUCAACCUGGAGAACUCAGCAGGCUUUGUGGACUACGAGUCGGAUCUGACCUUUGUUGGCUGUGUGGGGAUGCUGGACCCCCCCAGGAAAGAGGUCCUGGGAGCAGUUCAGAUGUGUCGGCGUGCUGGCAUACGGGUCAUCAUGAUCACAGGGGACAACAAGGGGACGGCCCUGUCCAUCUGCAGGAGAGUGGGCAUCAUCACGGAGCAGGAGGAGGAGCGCGAGGUCGGGGGGGCGAUCGGGGGGCUGACAGGCAGGGAGUUUGAUGAGUUGCCCCCUCAUCUGCAGCGCCAGGCCUGCCGGAGCGUUCGCUGCUUUGCCCGCGUGGAACCGGCCCACAAAAGUCGCAUCGUGGAGUAUCUGCAGAGCCUGAGUGACAUCACAGCCAUGACAGGCGAUGGCGUCAACGAUGCUCCCGCCCUGAAGAAGGCAGAGAUCGGCAUCGCCAUGGGCAGCGGCACGGCUGUCGCCAAGUCAGCCUCAGAGAUGAUCCUGGCAGAUGACAACUUCUCCACCAUCGUGGCUGCUGUGGAGGAGGGCAGAGCCAUCUACAACAACAUGAAGCAGUUCAUCCGAUACCUCAUCUCGUCCAACAUCGGGGAGGUGGUCUGCAUUUUCCUGACUGCUGCCCUGGGCAUGCCAGAAGCUCUGAUCCCGGUCCAGCUGCUGUGGGUCAACCUGGUCACUGACGGUUUCCCAGCAACCGCUCUGGGCUUCAACCCUCCAGACUUGGACAUCAUGUCUCGUCCUCCGCGGUCUCCCAAGGAGCCGCUGAUCUCCAGCUGGCUGUUCUGCCGCUACCUCAUCAUCGGGUGUUAUGUUGGAGCAGCCACAGUGGGAGCUGCUGCCUGGUGGUUCAUGGCUGCCCAUGACGGGCCAAAGCUUUCCUUCUAUCAGCUGUCCCAUUAUCUCCAGUGCACUGAGGCCCACCUAGAGUUUGCAGGUGUGCAGUGCUCAGUCUUUGAGUCUCCGUAUCCCAUGACGAUGGCUCUGUCUGUGCUGGUCACCAUAGAAAUGUGCAACGCCUUGAACAGUCUUUCAGAGAACCAGUCUCUGCUAAAGAUGCCUCCGUGGUCAAACCCCUGGCUGGUGGGGGCCAUCUUCCUCUCCAUGUCUCUUCACUUCCUCAUCCUGUAUGUGGAUCCUCUGCCGGUGAUUUUCCAGAUCCGUCCUCUGUCCUGGACUCAGUGGGUGGUGGUCUUGAAGCUGUCGCUGCCCGUCAUCCUGAUGGAUGAGGCUCUCAAGUUUCUGGCCCGGAACUACAUAGAGCCAGGAAGCCAGUCGCUAGAGGAGGAGGAGCUGCAGAGGACGUGGGCCAGCAUGGGACUGGUGGCCUCCAGCGUGUCCAGGCUCCGUCAGGCGCUGAGGGGCCUGUCCUGGGCGUUCAUCCUGAUUUCUGCACCGCUGCUGAUCUGGAUCUUCAGCCUGGACUCCGACAUCACCAACAUCUUCUGGGAGUGAGAUGGGAGGAUGGGAGGUGGCCUCCUGACUCACAGGAGAUCAAGAAGGGGGGGGGGGUUAGUCACAUGGAACACAGAAUAGUCAGUCCACACGUUUCCCUUAAGAAUAAGAAGUGUUUUUCUUGUCCUGUGUUGCUGCUGCAGCCUUAUAGUCUAUAGAGAGGACAGGGAGAGGCGGUCCUCCAGGGACAUGCAGCCUGUUCUGGAAGCAGCUGAGUCUUUAAGGCUUCUCUGAGUCUGAAGGAUCCAGACUGCAGCAGGUUUCUCUUCUUUUUAGAUGUUGAUGAGACCCCAUCAUGUUACCAUGGCUGCGUUUCAGAACCUCCUCGUAUUCUGGUGCUGAGUGGCGUUGAAAUGUUUGCCUAUUGGCCUUCAGACUCAGAGAAGUCAAAGCUUUUUCACUGCAAAGAUUGAAAUCUAAGCAAGUCCAUUUUUCUUAAAAUAAGAGCAUUUUCUUCUUGAAUUAAGCAGUUAAGUGAUACACUUUGCCAAUGGAAUAUGACAAUUCACAUUAAAAAAACAAACAACUGCAGUCUCUUAUUUCAAGUGCAUUUUAUCUAACGAUCUUAUUUUAUAAUUAUUUUGAGAGUAAACACACUCAUUAAGGGUAAAAACACUAAAUUAAGCAAUUGCUUGACUCAUUUUUAGUUUUUUUUUGUAGUGUUGUUGAGGAAAUUUAGGGAAACCCAUGAUGGUUUCAGUCAUAUGGAGGAUUAAAUGCUACACUGGAAAAAAGAUUCAUUUUUUCAUAAAAUAAGUCAAUUUGUUCUUGAAUUGAGGAGGUAAGUGAGACACUUUGCCAAUGGAACAAGACUAUUUAUAUUUAAAUAA